AUGUCGGAGUCUCCCAGAUCCGAUAGGUCUAUGUACCUGACCAGGUACAGCACCCCGGUACCCGAACUGGACGAUCACCGCCUCCAGAUGCAAACGCCUCCACGCAUUGAAGCACCCGUCGAGCGUUCCUACAGCCCGCACGACACCACCCCUGGGCCUGUCGGGGAAAUGCUUGAGCGUCCAGAUCUGCUUAACGCCAACGAUGCCUACCGCGACGGCCCGAUUCUUCGGGAUUUUGAAAAUGCCAUGGUGGAUGACGAUCGUUCACUUAACGAGAUGAACGGAACUGGCCGACGAUUCUCAGUCGAUCCCAAUGCCACGUAUCAGACUCCUCGCCGCGUGAGCAUCGUCAAGCAGGAUCUCACCAAUGCUUCCUGCUCUUCUUCCGUGUCCGCUCGAUCCUCUUCCCCGCCAAAUUCAGUCGAAGCCUUUGCCGACCCUCGUCGCCGCGAGCGCGCCAAUACCCUGGACAGUCAUGCGCCUCCCGACCUCGAUGCUAUUCUGCAGCGCACCGUGUCAGGCGGAACCCACAACCGGCGUCCAACUUUCAGCAAUGCCAGUGUCAUUCGACCACAAUUGGGGGAUGCGCCUUUCGAAAACGCAGAGGAGGCUUGCUACGACCCGCCGGGCCGUAUUCCCGUCAUCGACUACGAGGAACUUGAAGAGUUUGUGGCCCUCAACCCCGGCCCCAAAGGCCUGGAUGGCAUUCACCGCAAGCAGAGCACCAGCUCGCAGAGCAAGAGACCCCGCGUAUUCUAUGACCUGCGCCCUGGCGCUGACAGCUCUGAUACGAGUGAACUGAAGAAGAUCGAUUCGUCGGACACACAGCAUGUAGACGAGAAGAAGAACGGCAAAAUCACAGACGAAAAGGAGCUGGUUCAGACGCUCCAGAAUACAAACCAGCGCACUCGCUUUGGCUUCUUCUCGUCUGAGUCCCAAACCACAGUGCACGCUUCCGACCUGGGAGAUCUUGUGCUCCCUGGCGAGACCUUCCGAGACCUGUUUGAGCUUGGACCCGAAGGAGGCGUGUGGUGGCUGGAUGUUGUCAACCCCACCGAGGAGGAACUGGGCGCUAUCUCUCGGGCUUUCUCUAUCCAUCCGCUGACAACGGAGGAUAUUCAGAUGCAGGAAGCUCGCGAGAAGGUGGAGCUGUUCAAACAGUACUACUUUGUCUGCUUCCGAACCUUUUUCCAAAUGGAUAAGACUAGCGAGGAGUUCCUCGAGCCUGUCAACUUCUACAUGGUUGUCUUCCGAGACGGCGUUCUCACAUUCUCCUUUGAGGAUAACCCCCACGCCUCCAACGUUCGGAAGCGUAUUGGAAAACUGCGAGACUAUGUGUCCCUCAGUAGUGACUGGAUCUGUUAUGCAAUGAUUGACGACAUUGUAGACAGCUUCGGCCCCGUGAUCCGCGAUGUGGAAUUGGAGUCGGAGGCGAUCGAAGAUCACGUAUUCAUCGCUCGCGUUGACGAUUUUGAAUCGUUCCUCCCCCGCAUUGGAGGCCUGCGAAAGAAGGUCAUGAGUCUGAUGCGCCUACUAGGCGGCAAAGCAGAUGUUAUUCGUGGAUUCUCCAAGCGCUGCAACGAGCAGUACUCGGUGACCCCCCGUGGCGAUAUUGGUCUUUACCUGGGUGAUAUCCAGGAUCACGUCGUGACGAUGAUGUCGAAUUUGGCGCAUUUCGAAAAGAUGCUCAGUCGGUCGCAUACCAAUUACCUGGCACAGUUGAAUGUCACCAACCUGGUGCUGGGUAACCACGUCAACAAGGUUCUUAGCAAGGUUACUCUGAUUGCCACGAUUCUGGUGCCUAUGAACCUGAUCUGUGGUUUGUUCGGUAUGAACGUCCAAGUUCCUGGCCAGAACACGCCUGGAUUGAGUUGGUUCUUCGGCAUUUUAGGUGUGAUGGCUGGUAUCGUUAUUGUCAGCAUGGCCCUGGCCCGCUGGCAGCGGCUGGUCUGA